GGCAACCCAAAAACGAGCGCGCGGCCAUGUUGAAUUGUCAAUAAUCUAAACGAAGAGACAAAAGACUUGACAACUGUGUGGAUUUCUCGAAACAUCUACAAAACAAAGUUUGGCUGAACGGCCGAUGAAAGUUCUGGUAGCGACACGACAAGCACUGUGGAUUCUUUCUUGUUGGUCAAAAACUCAGACACUUUGCUGACUGCAAUAUCACCCUUUUUGUCCAAAAAAAAAAAAAAAAGUAAUAGAUGGCCAACAUUUAAAAGCAACUGAUUGUACCAGUUGAGACUGCCGGGGGGCUUUUUGAACUAACAUUUAGCUCCAGCAUUAUUGGGACUUGAUGUCAAAGAAACUAACUGUAAGAAUAACGUGUUAUGUGACCAAGCAAGCACAUUUUGCCACUGGCCUUUCUUAAUGUGUCAACACAGCACUCACACUUAAAGGGACUAGAUGCUCCAAUAAAACCGAGCUUAAUAAGAGCACAUUGAGUGAAACAAUUUGAAUGGAAAGCAAGGCCAUGUGUUGGUUGCAUCGUUAUUUAUAAGAAUCUUAAUUUCUCCUUUUUUUGGAGAGUUGUCUUGUAUAUAGACAGAAUUCAUAUGCAGGCUUCUUCUUUUCAAGAGGUCUUAAUCUCAGAUUGUAUACACAGUACUUUGUUUAAAAAAGGAAAUAGGGCAGCUUUUAGGGAUUUCUUUUCCUUUCUUUUACACACAAGUGCAUUAGGCAUACUAAAGAAAUUUCUUAUUACAUACUGUGAGCAGUUGCCAAUUCAGGUGUUGAAGUCAUGGCUACUGCAAGAACCGCGAACCCGGCAUUAAUGAUCGGAAUGAAUAAUCCAACAAAUGGGCAGCUCAGAGGACAGACGAAGUCAGCUGGACAACAAUCUGGACUCUUUUCAGUGGGCCAACAGCCCAGUGUGACCCAGAAACAGACCACCAUUCCUCAGAGCAGUGGCGGCAUCAAGUUUGGUGACGACUGGAAGAAGUGCCUGGAGCUUCCUCCAAAAGACCACAGAGUGAAAACCUCGGAUGUGACGUCAACUAAAGGAAAUGAAUUUGAAGACUACUGCCUAAAGAGAGAACUUUUAAUGGGGAUCUUUGAAAUGGGAUGGGAGAAGCCCUCCCCCAUCCAGGAGGAAAGCAUCCCGAUUGCUCUUUCUGGUCGAGAUAUUUUGGCACGGGCCAAAAACGGUACAGGGAAAAGUGGAGCCUACCUCAUCCCUCUCCUGGAGAGGAUAGACCUGAAGAAGGAUCAUAUCCAGGCCAUUGUGAUGGUACCGACCAGAGAGCUGGCGCUGCAGAUGAGCCAGAUCAGCAUUCAGCUCAGCAAGCACUUGGGAGGAGUUAAGGUCAUGGCUACCACCGGUGGAACCAACCUGAGGGAUGAUAUCAUGCGUCUGGAUGAAAUAGUGCAUGUGGUGAUUGCAACACCAGGCAGGAUACUGGACCUGAUCAAGAAGGGAGUGGCAAAAGUGGAUCGGGUCCAAAUGAUGGUGAUGGAUGAAGCAGAUAAGUUGCUGUCCCAGGACUUUGUGAUCCUCAUUGAAGACAUCAUCAGCUUCUUGGCCAGGGAUCGCCAGAUCCUGCUGUACUCGGCUACCUUCCCCAUCAGCGUGCAGAAGUUCAUGGCCAAGCACCUGAAGAAACCUUAUGAAAUCAACCUGAUGGAAGAACUGACUCUGAAGGGCAUCACGCAGUACUACGCCUACGUGACUGAAAGACAGAAGGUCCACUGUCUGAACACACUCUUCUCCCGGCUUCAGAUCAACCAGUCCAUCAUUUUUUGCAACUCCACUCAGAGAGUUGAGCUUCUGGCAAAGAAAAUCACUCAGCUUGGCUACUCAUGCUUUUACAUCCACGCAAAGAUGAUGCAGGAGUACAGGAACCGAGUGUUCCACGACUUCAGGAACGGGCUGUGCAGGAACCUGGUCUGCACAGAUCUUUUCACAAGGGGAAUCGAUAUCCAGGCUGUGAACGUCGUCAUAAACUUCGACUUCCCCAAAAGUGCCGAGACGUACCUGCACCGCAUCGGCAGAUCAGGACGUUUCGGUCACCUGGGUCUCGCCAUCAACCUGAUAACGUCGGAUGACCGUUACAACCUGAAGACCAUCGAGGAUCAGCUGGUCACUGACAUCAAGCCCAUUCCCGGCAGCAUCGACAAGAGCCUGUACGUGGCGGAGUUUCACUCUGUCGACCAGGAGGAGGAGGAGGAUGAACGUGAAGCAAGACUCAAGGCACUGGGAGCAGCUUGAACGACCGGAGAAACGUGGCGCCUGGCAUUUGACAUACGAUACUGGAUUUAUGUCACAGAAGACUUCAGUUAAAAUGUUUUUGUUUUGUUUUUUGGCCCAUUUCCUCAGAAAGAUGAUUCAUUUGAAGGUUCUCAUUAGUUUGCCUCACAACAAUCUCAGCUUCUCACUGGGUUCAUGAUGGUGAAAUGGAUUCUUCCUCACUCAGGCCAAUUUAAGCCCAGAUUUCACAAAUAGUCCCUGUCUGUGUCAUUUCGGCUUUUUGUAAAACACCUCUUUUGAUAAGUGGAGCUUUUUGGUCCGUUACUGUAAUGGGAGAUUUGCAUGUUCAUGGUACAUCCCACUGAAAUCCGGCUUACAGGAAAACGGCCCGUUUUAAAAAUAUGCACUCGUAUAUUUUGAUGCUGGAUUGAAUCCUUUACUUUAAUAAACCCUGAUUUUUGCCAAGGAUUCAGCCACAUUGCUGAAAACGGUCCUCAAACCGACUCAUGUUGAUUUGAUAGAGUUCUACAUCUAUAUAUUUGCCAUCAGUCCACAAACACCGAGGUUUUGUAGUUAAUCCUAAUCUCCCUCCACAGUUGCGUCUGAAUUCUCUGACUCUGAAUGACUGAGUGCUCCUCAUUGAACUGUGAUCUCAUGUGUAACAAAAGUUUUAUUUCCACAUUACUCGGCAGGCAGAGGAUUCUGUUUACUCCUGUCAUUGUGCUCUGACUGCUGCCACUACCGAAUUUGUUGAUUUGUUGUGUGAUCUGCACACUUCUGCCAUUUGUUUCUAAUAUGGAAAGUUGCAGCCAGACUGACAGUUUUUUUUUUUUUUAUCCUUCAUUUAAGAGGCCUUUAUAUACUCACCACUGCCUCCUACAGGCUGUUUGUUUUCCAAACAAUAGAGUGAGUUAUGUGGCUUUAAUCGUCAUUCCAACUGAGUAUUAAGACGUUUUCCUAAUAAUUUCAGUAACAGAGAUUAUGGGAAAUGCAGUUUUUAUUUUUUAUUUUUUCUUGUUUUUUUUUUUUUUAAUGGGGCAGUGACAUAACCAAAGUGAGAAGAAGGCAAAGAACAGUUGAAGUAAAUACAAAGAGCUUCAUUAACCAAAAAAGGAUUGCUGUGCUGUGGAGGUUGAAUAAGAGCGCUGCCGUUUCGGUAACACACUGUACAUGCAUUGUCAUUGAUCACGAUGAUGACCACGCCACUUUUUAUCCUCGAGUUCUUUGUGCAGUAAACGAUGGCAGCGUGGCUCUGGUAACUGCAGUUUGUCGACGCUCGUUCCUUUAAAGCCAAAGGCAGUGUUCCUCACAUCUGGAGGUCACCGGUAAUGAACGUGACUGUGAGCAGGAUUUUCCUGAACAUGUGGAAUCUGGGCCUCCUCUUACGCCAGCUUGACGCAGUCUGUGUCUUUCUCUCUAUCAAGUGCCUUAAAAUCUCACUUCAGACCCCCCAGCUUCACUUCUGUGCUCAGCUCAAGGUUUCAUUUUACUGACAUUAUGCAAACCUGUAAUACGUUUAUCAGUGUUAAAUGUGCACUUGCGCUCCGGUACAAUUUGAUUUUUUAUUUUUUGGGUGAUGAUCGGUUACUUGCUGAAAGAUAUGACUAAACAGAAUCCCUCUUGUAUAUUGAAUAUUACACACUUAAAUUCCAGAACUAAUCAUGCCUAAAAUUUACUGCACCCAUAUUGUGAAACUUUCUCAACAUUUGUUUCUUCAGCUGCCAAGUUCCAGCAUCCACCCUUCUAUAUUUUCAAAUCAUUCAUGUGAUGAACCUCUUCAGUUACUUUACCUCUGUGCAGAAGACUGUGAAUUCAUGCCAUGUGAAACUGUACGUAUUUCUGUCGGUCUGGAGCCAGCAUGCGUCUUUCAUUCAGAAAAUACCUCUGCGGCUUGUCAAGCACAUCGUUGGUUACCAGAGAAAGCGAUAAGUGAUUGUGUGUCAAUGCCAGUGGCUCGAACAAAUAAAAGUCCAACUGUCAA